CACGCUGUCUGCUCGCUUUGCCGAGGAAGGGUCACUCUCACAGUGUCAAAGCGCAGUAAACACACAGUUGUGGAUUACCUUCGUGCUUAUAUAUAUUUACUUUGUGUAAUACGGUAAAAUACAAAUGGAGAAAUUUCUUCGGGACUGUUCAUCCGAUUUACAGCGUAGUAAGCGUAGUGCCUCUGAAAUACAUGUGGUUCUUGGAAAUGAAGCGUGUGACCUGGAUUCCAUGGUGUCAGCGAUAGCCCUGGCCUGUUUUCUAGCCAAGACGACUAGGAAGACUGUUAUCCCAGUGUUAAACAUCCAACGCUCUGAGUUUGUACUAAGGACGGAAAACACAUAUUUUCUCAAUGAGAACCAGAUUUCAGAGGACUGGUUGAUUUUCAGAAAUGAAAUUGACCUCCACGAACUUCAUCAAGCUGGUCUGUUAACUUUGACACUAGUGGACCAUCAUGUGUUGCCUAGGAAGGACCAGAUCCUGGAGGAGGCAGUUGUGGAUGUGAUAGACCACCGCCCUUUGGAAAGGCUAAGCUCCCACUCCUGUGGCCUUACAUCAGAGUUGGUGGGAUCCUGUGCUACUCUCAUAACUGAACGAAUAUUGAAGAAUGCAGCAGAGGUGCUUGAUAAAAAGUUGGCAACACUGCUGUAUGGUACCAUUGUGCUAGACUGUGUAAAUAUGGCACCAGAAGCAGGAAAGGUCACUUUGAAGGACACAGAAUAUAUCUCCAAAUUAGAGGAAAUGUUUCCAGAUCUGCCUUCAAGACACCAACUCUUUGAGUCUCUGCAGAAAGCAAAAUUCAAUGUGUCAGGCCUUACUACAGAACAGAUGCUUCUGAAGGAUAUGAAGGUUCUAUCUGGAGGAAAUACCAGACUUGCUAUUAGUGUGGUCUACUUGAAACUUGAGGCCUUCCUGCAACGACCCAAUAUUUGUCAGGAUCUUUGCGAGUUCUGUCACAAGUUCAAGUACAAUAUCCUGGUAGCUAUGACAAUAUCCUUUAAUGAAAAGAGUGAACCUUUCCGCCAAAUUGCUGUAUACAGCCAAAGUGGACAGCUCAGAGAACAGUUAUGCCAAACAUUGGAGAAGGCCCUAAAUCCACAUCUUAACUUGUCAUCUUUUAGAUGUCCUCCUCCAGAAAUUAGAGCAUACCUACAAGGGAACACUUUAGCAUCUCGUAAAAAAGUCCUUCCAAUUAUUAAAGACUUUCUUAAUGACCUUGACUGUAAGGAAGGAGCAGUCUGUGCUGAAAAUGGAGAAUGUGAGUUGGAAGAUCAAGGUGAGCAGUUUGAACGUUUUGAUCCUGCAUGCAGUGUUUUGUAUGAAGAGGAGCCACAGUCCCGAUGUAGCUCUGUGUCACAGCCCAGACACCAGGUAGCUGAGGACCUUGCAGUUGAAGAGGAUGUCCGCCUGCCACCUACUCCUAUGAACAGCCUGGUGGAGGGCUGCCCCCUAGAUGGUGGCCUCCCCAAACUGACUGCAGAGGCCUUGCUUGAAAAAUUUGGACAAAUAGCUGAUGAGGAAGACAUGGAAGAAAGCACCUUAAAUAUGAGACAUUAAACAAAAUGAAAAUAUUUGCCUGUGCACUAUUUUCUCUAACUGCUUUUCUCUGUUUAAAUUAAGCCUUGUUUAAUUUUAAUAGAACAGGGAUUUAUGAAUAAAUAACACUGUGUUAUGGUAAGUCA